GUUCACUUGGGGAAGACAACGCAACACGGAGAGCCAUACUAGCCGUCAGCUGUUACUGCUUCCCGUCACAUACAUCACAACAUUCAUGAUUGUACCCGGGCUUUAGAAGCCUGUAACCACCAAGAUGAUUGACGUCACGGUCAAGACACUUGAUUCUCAGAACCAUCAGUACUCGGUUCCAGAUGAGAUUACUGUGAAGCAGUUCAAAGAAAGAAUAGCAUCAUCUGUUAACAUCCCAGCAGACAAGCAGAGACUUAUAUACUGUGGACGUGUCUUGCAGGAUGACAAGAAACUUUCAGAUUAUAAUGUUCACGAAAAGGUAGUACAUCUGGUGAUGAGGGCGCCCCCCCAGGCUAACAGUCGAAAUGGUGCUGGAAAUUCGAGUUCUACUGGCACUGGAUCUCCUAGUGGUCACCACCAUCACCACCACCAUCACCACCAUCAUCAUCACCAUCACCGUCGCCAGCAGCCACCUGAAGUUCCUCCAACACAAGGACCCAGCUCAUCUGGUGUUCGUCUGCAUCAGGCUCGCACAAUGUUAGAUCGUGCCUCUGCAGUGCUCGAUCAAUUGGAUCAACGACUUCAUCUAGGGGAGGAAACCAUUCGCUCUGCAGAAUCCACCCCAGACAGUGAUCAGGCUGCCAGUGUAAGCCAGGCAGCAGAACCAGCAAGAGAGAUGGGGGCCAUGGAGACAGAAACUUCUGGUGAAAAUAGACCAAGUGAUGCUCCAUCAGAUGAGGGAGUGGCAGCAGCUUCAAGUACCACAUCCCCACCCAUUGAGGAAAUGGAAGCGUUGUACUCAGAAAUGGAUGCUCUCAACAACAUGGAUCCUGCUACGCUGAUCCCAGCUGCUCCACCGGCUCCAAUGAUGGGAGCUGUAAAUGGUAGUCUGGCAGGUGGUCUAGCUCAGGCAGCAUCUGCAGCAGUGGCAUCAGCACUCUCUUCCCUUGCUAGGGGAGGACCUAGUGCUGGCAACACUGGUUCUCCUACAGCAACUACAAGACCACCUACUGUCAGUACUGCAACAUCCUCAAGCACAACCACAAAUCCUACAAGUGAUUCUACCACCAGUGCAUCAACUACAACAUCUGCUACAAAUAGUAGCACCAGCAGUAUAAGUGGUGGUCCCCUUCGUAUUUUUCCCCAGGGUAGUGUGCGUACACUAACUGUCAGAAUUACAAAUCCACGAUCAUCGCCAGGAGAAGGUAACAGACAGAGUAGUAGCACUACUUCUGCCCCAUCCACUUCUACCAGUGAUAACACAUCAAGGAGCAAUGUCGCCAACACAGCUGAAGCAGACGGUGAAAGGAGUGGGUCUGAUGACAGUGACAGGUCUAGUUCAAGUGGUGCUGCUGCUAGCACGUCUAAUGCACAAGAUGGAGCAGGCAGUAGUGAUGGAGGGCUUGGAAGUGUGCGUCUGGAACACCCCCGUUGUGCAGUUAUGGUGGAAGUCUUGGACCAGUAUAACCAAAUACAACGUCGUCUUGAACCUUACAUGGUUCGCUACCACCAAGCUAUGGCUAAUGAUCCUGCUUAUACUGAUGGGGAGACAGCCUCAUUGCAACAAGAACAAUGGCUUUUGUGGCGUGUGUCAGAGGUACUACAUUUUGUGUCACAUGCCAUGCAUGCUAUAAGUGAUAUUAUGGUGGAUUUGCGGCGUUCACCUCCCCGACAGUUAAGGGCCCGGCCAAUUAUAAUUCAGCAGCCAGCACUCGUACAGGCUCAGAUCAACGUAACUACCAGUUCAGACCCAUCAAGAACAACUGUAAAUGUUCGGGGUGGCAGCCGUCCUAGCACUACCAGCUCCCCUUCUUCAACCACCACCUCUACACCCAGUACUACUUCAGCAAAUAUAGCCCCUGUUUCCACAUCCUCCACCUCAACAACUUCGUCAUCAUCUACUCGAUUUUUUACCAUUCCGGGGCCAGGUGGAUCUAGUAUUACCCUCCCAGUCUCUACAGCCCCAUCCACUACCUCUUCCACAAGUUCCACAAGCUCCUCUACAGCUUCUGCAAGUAAUACAAGUCAACCCACUGCUGCCCAGGCUCGUAGUUUGGCCUCGUUAUUAAAUUUAGGGUCCAUGCAAGGCUUUCCAAUGGAUGGUGGUGACCUCGUACUGAUGGAAGUGGGACCUCAUGGAAUCACGAUUGAUUCUGUUUCUGCUGAAGGUGGUGGUUCAGGAGGAUCUGCUCCCCCACCAGAGCUCAUCCAAAACAUAGUUUCCUCCAUUACAAACCAGCUAGGAGUCCGAUUGGGUGGUCCCCUCACAUCCUCCACUUCCUCGCCAUCCUCCACAGCUGACACCUCCAGCUCAUCCUCCACAACCACAUCUUCAUCAUCUGGCUCGGGAGUUCAAAGUACAGGCCAUGGACGAAACAGUCAAGCUGCUGGCAACAGCUCACAGUCUGCAAAUCUUGGCUUCUGUGGCACCAACACAACCAAUGUGACUCAAACCCGAGUGACACACCGACCUCAUGUGCACGUGACGCCUCUUAAUUUGCCAGGAAUGGGGAUGAACCAGUUUGACCCAUUCCUGCCAUGUCAAAGUCACCAUAUUCGGCCAGCUACGAGGAGGAGACACCGGGCACAGACCCAAGCUGGAGGCGGUUCGGGUCAGCACAGAAGGUCAGCAGCAAGCACACGGCCAGGAGAAAUUUCUUCAGAGUCUGCUCAGGCUCGUCCUCAAGUUGGAGUCUCGCCUACAGCAUCUUCUGGCAAUCCGCUUGCUCUUUUUGCAAAUUUGAUGGCUGAGGCAUUUAGUGGUAGACAAAGGUCUGGAGCACAACAGCAAGAAGAGCAACAGCCGGAACAACCACAGCAGUCACAGCAGCAAGCUGCAGAUGGCAGUGAGCCACAGAUCAGUGAUCAGAUGUUUGCUCAGUUAGUACAGGGUGUUAUGUCUCAAGUAUCUGGUUCGUUAAAUUCAGAAAGUGGAAACAGUAAUAGUCAGCAGUCUGGUUCUUCACUUCAUGAAUUUCUACAGCCAUUUGAUGGUGGCAUGUUCAGUGAAGGAGAAGAGGACUCCCUCUUUUAUCAACUUUUUAACACUGUAGCUCUCUCAUUGUCCAUUGGGGACCUUGUUCAACUUUUCUUUGGACGUGCAACAACUGUGAAUCAACUGCGUGCUCCUUUGCAACGAUUUGUGAGGGAGAGAGCUCUUCAAGGAAGUCAGCCCACUGAGGAGAAUCUCGACCGUGCCAUUGAUAAUGUUAUUCGUGAUCUUCAUCCUCAUCUUGUUCUUACUGCAGGAGAUGCACAUGUGCAUGAAGGUAUUGAUUAUGUCAACACAGUGCACAAUUUUAUCCGACAUCGGCUACAUGAUAUAUUCAACUUGGUAUUAAAUCAUACGGAUGCAGAAACCUUUGGGCCAUCACUGGUGUCAUUAGUUCGUCGGGCACUAGGGGAAUUUAUAGCUCUUUCACUCCACUGUUUUACGGAUGGUGCCCAGGGUCUGGAGCGAGUACUUCAAGAAAGAGUUCGAUCUAUAAUGGCAGGAGUGAGUCCAGAAAUUCAAUCAUGGUCUGUCAACACAUCAAUAAUGCAGUUAAGAUCCAUGAUGAGCCGAAUGACCAUAACAGAUGAUCACAUUCGGCGAUAUGUGGUGUCCCCAGAUGAGGGGCGAAGGAUGGAAGAAGAACGCAACCGAAGACAAAAUGCAAAUGGAUCUGUUACAACACAGCCUGCUCCCCCACCAGCUGCUGCCCCUGAGCAGACUCCAGCUGCUGAUAAUGUUAUUAAUGUAGCGCCUUCCAAUGGGCCUAUAGUAGAACCUAUGGAAGUUGAGGAAGUGGGUUGCAUGGAAGAAGUUACAACUACUGCAAUUGAGUCAGAGUUAGAAAUAGCUGUAGAAGGUGCAACUGGAAAGACUGAUAGAGAAAAGGAGGAAGAUUCAUUAACUGAAGAACCGCCAAUAAUCAUUAAUGGAGGGACACAACCUUGGCAUUCAGCUGUUCCUCAGGAUUGGCUCCCCGUGAUAACAAGGGAUGUGGAGAGGCAACGACGAGGGGUGCCAGAUACAAGUUUAAGUGAUGCUUAUCUCUGUGGUAUGCCUCUAAAACGUCGUAAGUUGGCUUCACAGCAUAAACCUCAUGGGUCUGUGCACCAGGUUGUUCAAGACACGCUACGGCACAGUAUGCGUGGUGCAGGUGUGAACCGUGUAGUUAUGGACAGUGUAGCUGGUGAAGCAGCCACUCAGCUUGGAGAAUCAUUCGCUGGUCACAUGCGUACAUCACUCAGGGAGCGAUUGAACCACAAUAAGGACUUUCUUCCCGAGAAAUUUCCUAAAAGUGAGGAACAUAUAAGGAAAGAGAAGUGAAUUUUGCAAUAUUUAUGUUUUAGAGGGAUUGACAUUAUUUAUCCACAUCUGGAUUUUACCGCUUCAUUCUGAACCUCUGUAUCACAAUUUGUGAAGCAUGGGUUCACUAAUGAGCAGACCAGUGAGCGGUGUAUUUAGGAAGCGAUAUUAUGCAUAUUGACCAUAACUUCCUAUGAAAGGAGUUACACAAAUUUUUUUUGGCCUGUCCUAAAGGGUGAAUUGAAGAAGGUACUAGACUUUGGAGGCAAGUGAACUUAUCAAAUUAUUAAAUGUUAAAAUCUGUAGGAGUGUUUGGUCUCUUCAUUAAAAGAUUACAACUAACCAUAUGUAGGCUCUUGGUAAGUUGCUUGUAUGAUAUGAAGGACUCCAUGAUGCCAAUUAUGUAAACUACACCACCACAGAAAGUCUGAUUCAUUUUGUUAACACAUACAUGAUUGAAAUGAACAUUCUGCAUGAAGGACCCCAUGUGGAAUGAACAUUCUGCAUGAAGGACUCCGUGUGGAAUGAACAUUCUGCAUGAAGGACCCCGUGUGGUGCUUAGGUUGUGCCUCAGAAAUAUAAUAUUUGAAGUGUUAAUGUAUGAGGACUUGGUGACAUGGAAUAUGUAAUUAAUCUGUAUUUUUAUCACUAAUUAGCUGUGUCAUCACUGCUCUUAGAUAAUUUUGAAGGCAUUAAAAAUUCAAAGCUG